AUGAAUCAAUCUUUAUCAGAUUUCGAUCUUUCUCGAAAGUAUGCAAUAUGUCGACAACAAUCACAAUGUUAUCUUCUUACUCCACCACCAUCGUUACCCAUAUUUCCACAAGUAAUACUCAAUAAUUUAUCUUCUACAUUCGAAAAUCUUCCGAAACAUACAGAUUUAUGUUUUAUUCUUGGUAUAUUUAUUGGUUUAAUAACUACUUUUCUUCUUUUAGUUUUACUUAUUUUCAAAUAUGGAUUUUAUCAGAAAUUACGACAAGAUAAUCAUCAAAUAAAAACUAUAGAUAAUACUAUACAAUCUACAUCUUUUUCAAAUAUUCUUCCAGUACCAUAUUAUUCUUUAACACCAUUGACAAUGAUGACAAAUCGAUCUCCAUCAUUAACCUUAGCAAAUAAAUUGACUUUAGAUAAACAUCUAAACUCUGAUAGUCAAUCAAUUUAUCAUAAUCUUUCAAUAAAUAUCUAUGACAAAAUUCGAUUAUCAACAAACCAUCAACAUUGUUCUUGCUGUUCAUGUGCUCUAGCAUACUAUCAACAGCAACAACGGCAACAUAUUCCUACUUCAGAACAAGUAUUACCAUGUUACUAUACAUCUAUAUCAUCACCAUCAGAAAUUAUUUGUCAAAAUACUUCAUUAGAAAGAUUACAUUGUCAACAACAAUGUUUUUGUCAUAAUUUUUUUGUACCAAUUAAAUAG